UGGAGUUUGGGAGGUACACCUGUUACGUCAUGGCAGGUGUCGUAAUGGAAAGUCUUAUAGGACAGACACCAUGCUUAAAGCAAAGUCACUUAAUGUUGAUUUUCUUAUGAAUACAGGCCGUGGAAGCGUUGACUACUGGUCCUUGUGACUGAGAAAGUUUAAACAACAGGCAUCGAAAAGGUUCCCAUAGGGAUAACUGGUUUGUGUUCUUUCCUGAUCCUUCGAUGUCGGCUCGUAGUACCAUUGCAAAGCAGAAUUCACCAAGCGGGUGAACACCCGUCCUAACAGGUCUUUACCGAAGGCACCAUAAAUUUUUUCGGAUCAUCUUUUCUUCAGCAUCAUGAGUCUUCUCAAGCCUUUCAUCGCCUGGACAGUGUCGUCGUACUCCUGUCACCACACUGCCAAGGUCUUCCUCACGGAGGUCAGUGCGCUGACUCUUGUCCUCACUCCCGUGAGUGCGGCUGCAGUCCUGUCGUUGGUGCAGUUACUGUGUUGCUGUCUCGUCACCAAAGUGUCGCAGGACAAGUCGGUCAUCGUGGACGAUGCAAAGAAAACGAAAACGACGACAAAAGAUUACAAGGCUUGUUAUUACGUUGCUAUGACGAUGCACGUGCUGUCGACGUUUCUGACCAACUGGAGUCUGGCCAGAAUGGAAGCGGCCUCCACGUUGGCCAUCAAGCUGACGGAACCAAUGGUGUCCGCGAUAGUGCAGUGGAUGUGGUUACGUGAGGGUCUCAACUGUCACAUGUGCGUCAGCCUUCCUCUGGUGGUUGGCGGCGCGUUGGUUUUCGUCUCCGAUGACGUCACGCUUGUGCAGCAGGCGGUGACCUCUGGCGUGAUGCUGGCCAUGGCAUCUAACGUACUACUGGCUGUCCGCAACGUGGCUAUCAAGGGACUGCACUCUGGUAAGCUAAACGUUAGCCUGAGGUGGAUGGGGUGGAAUCGCAUGGGUAUGACGGCCGGAGUGUAUUUCGUCAUCAUGGCGUCAUCAUCUACACUGGCCAUCCGUCGCGUGCUGUCGCCUGGCACCAGCCUGGCCGUGACGUCACUGCUGCUGUCGGGGGCGUUUCACGUGACGUACUCGCUGAUCAGCACGAGCGUCAUCCUGCACGCGCUGGACGUGGUCAGUCACGCCAUGGCCAACGUCAUCAAGCGCAUGUUGGUGGUGGCGCUGCUGUACGUCAGCGGGUCACGCAGUGCAUCAGGCGUCAACGCUGCGGGCCUGGCGGUGGCGAGUGUGGGACUCGCUGUGUACGUCAGAGGGAAAGCUGCAGUCAAACCAGAGAGCUGGCGAUGCUGCCCUGUUGGUGCUAAUAUCAAAGGUCACGUGUACCGAAAAUUGACCGCGAGUAAUGGAAGAUGUCAGGUGUUGGCUGCAGCCCUCAUCAGUGCGGCAUUAUGCUUGUCUCUCACAUCUAUAAACACAUUGCGUCCACUGCACCUUACCUUGGGUUACCUGGGGGCAGACGACGACCAGCAGUCACUUCCGCUGACACCUGAGACACAGUCAGCUCCCUUUGGUCUCAACUGGCCACGUCCACCACACAACGCCACACUCUUGUCACAGUGGGCCGAGUUCCUGUCUCUGGACUACACCCAGCAUCCCUUCGACACGGACCGCCUGGCUCCCACCCUGCACACCAACGACGAGGUGGUGUGGGAGAUACAACGCCUGCACGUGCGGGUUCUGACGUCAUUGCUAGGUGGUCGACGUCACGCCAUGCUGAUGGACUUCGCCACUUACGAGAACAAAGGCGACCCCGCCAUCACGGGGGGACAGGUGGCCUUGUUGAAGCGGCUCAACGUGACUAUAGUCUUCAGCUGUUCUACUGGACGCUGUAACGAUGACAACCUAAAAAAAGCAAGGGAGAUAAGUAACGGUUACAACUCAACAUCGCUUAUUAUUCUAUUGCAAGGUGGCGGUAACCUGGUCGGCUACUCAAUCGCAGACAUCAUUCGGGAAAAAAUCUUGAAUCGUUUUCCGGAUUUUCCGACUCUUUUGUUUUCCCAAAGCAUCUGGUUACACAAAGGAAAUCAAGCUCAUCUCAAUAAGUGUCGUGAGAUUUACUCUCACAAGGAGAACCUGACCAUCUUCUUGCGGGACAGACAGUCGCUGGGUCUGGCGCAGAAACAUUUUCCAGGGACAAAACUCAUGCUGAUGCCCGACAUGGCGUUUGGCCUGGGGUGUGUCCCGCGCACUAUGCCACCCACCCUCGACAUCGUGUGGAUUAAGAGAAGUGAUAACGAGUCUUCAGGGUAUAAAGUACCCGAGAUACCUACUAACCUCAGUGUUUAUGUCGGCGACUGGUUGAAAUGGAAGACAAACAAGGGCAAAACACCCAUGGAGACUUCGUUUCUGAUAGCCUUCAACGGGUUGUCGUUCUUGCAGCGUGGGCGCGUGGUGAUCACUGACCGACUACACGGCCACAUCCUGUCCGUGCUGCUGGGAAUCCCUCACGUGCUCAUCGACAACCCUCCCUACUUCAAACUCUCCUCUUUCCGUCGGUCGUGGACGGCGGGGUUAUCCAACACGGUGCUGGUCACCACAGGGGAGGAGGCUCUGGAACAGGCACAACAACUUUUACAGAGAUACGAGAGUUCCCUCCCUUCAAUUAUGACUUAUUAUUAACAUACGCGUCUAUUUAGCUUUACCUUUUGGACUUUGUAAUUUAAUCACAUCAGCCACUAAAAAGAAUUAUGAUCACAAUUAUUUUUGUGUUGUAAUAUGAAACAAAAAUAAUUUCGUUACAGUCGCUAAUAUUUUUGCAUCAGUGGAAAUUUUAACAGACAUGUGCUGUCACUGUCUGAUGACUUAACAAACAAAUUAAUCAAGUAUGAAAUGGGCAGAUUAAUCGAGGGACAACUAUCCUUGAUCUUACUAUAUGAGGUGUGUCUGCAAAAAAACAAAACAAAACAAAACAAAACAAAACAAAACAAAACAAACAAAACAAAACAAAACAAAACAAAACAAAACAAAACAAAACAAAACAAAAACAAACAAACCCAAACACACAACAAAAAAAAAUAAAAAAAUAAAAAAAUAAACCCCAAACACACAACCUGGACUUGAGUCACAUACAAUUUAUUUCAAUUCCAAGCUACAUAAUUUCUUUAGAGUCCUCCCACUUCAAGUCUAAUGCACUUGUCCAUGUUUCUCCGCUGUGCUUCACUGUUGAAAAGAUUUUUCUGAGGUUCUUUCUACACGACAAUGCACCUGGUCCCACUGCCGAGCAUGCCACAGGUCCUGGUGUAGAAAAUCGCAGUACAUGAACUAUAUCUCUAUUCAUCUGACUUUUGUCUGUGACUAUUUUUCAUUUUUCUAAAGUUCAAUGGGGUCAUCAAAGGACACAUUUUGAAUGCUUGAAAGCCAUGAUGGAGGUGAACCCUCUUGACGGAGCUGA